CUUCAUCUUGUCUACUAGUCAAUCGAUACCAAAAAGGCAAACAUCAUGACGCUGAAUCCAUCCUUCGUCAAUUCAGGCACCCCAAAGGCUUUGAGGCUAUGAGGACUAUCUCGCAAAACGGCCAAGACCCAAAUUUGGUUUCAAUUGCUUGUCUCAACGGCUCAGGGGAAAAUUUAGUCAUUUUCUGUCGACCGCUUCACGAUUCGCGCCUUGCUAAUGAGCUUGGCGGACUCCCACUCGCCUAUACGAGCUUGGCUUCCCCAUUUGCGGACGCAGCCUAAUCUCCCUUCACGGCGGUUCAACCACAUGGUGCUCCAUAGCACCACAACAAGGUCUCCAUGUCUGGAACACCUUGUGAAGUCUCCUCUCUUCAUAGACUCCUUCCAGCAAGCCUGACGCCAGGUCGCGCUUGGUGUCUCGCUCUGAAAACUCUUGGUCGGGUGAUCCGAUCCCAGGACAGGGCCCAACACGAGGUGAAAUCACACAUUCGGUAAGACGCCUCAACAAUGGCUUGCCUCUGGCCACAAUUGGAUCAUGGCCAAGACGCCGGAUCUCUCUUCUCAUAUUACAAAGUACAACCAGCUGCCAUUCUCCUCUUUCAUACUUCCUUUUCCAACACGUUCCUUAGUGACUUACACCAGUCUUGAGAGUUUUGGCUCUCGUCCUUUCUUUAUUUCGUUGUUAUUCUUUACUUUUCCUUGCCUCAACAUGAGGUCUCUCGCGUAUCUUGCGGCAGCAUUGCCGCUGCUUUCAAACGUAAUCGCCUGGGAGGCCGACGAGAUCGUUCACGUUACAUCUACCAGGACCAUUACCGUCUGCCCCAUUACCGAGAUCUGGACCUGUACACCAGACGUCCCCACCAUCCCUGCGACACGAAGCACGACAAAGGGACCAGGUCCAGAGACCACGACGACGGCUAGCCAUGGUGACAAUGGAGGUUGGGAUUCAUCCACUGGUGACAAUGGAGGUUGGGGCUCAUCCAGCACCUCCGCCCAUUACGGCAAUGGCACCACCUCGGUGACUUCGGCCACUGGAACUACCGGCUCUUCAACCACCGGAACCACAACUGCGACAUCAUGCGGCACCGCCACCGUUAGCAGUCUUCCCGAGUCUCGUUGCAACAAUGCCAACGACCGAAGCAAGUGGUGUGGAGGCAAGUCCAUCGAUACCGAUUCUCACAAGGAGUUUUACACCGGCGAAACCAAGAAAUACGUCUUGACCUUGACGGACCAAGUGACCGUCCAUGACGGUAUCUCCUCGACACAAUUUGCCAUCAACGGAAAAUCUCCAGGAGAGCCAAUCAUAGCCAACUGGGGCGACAUGGUCGAAGUUACAGUUGUCAACGGUCUCAGCUCCAAUGCCACCACCAUCCAUUGGCAUGGUAUUAGACAGGUUGGAACCAACGACCAGGAUGGUGUUCCCGGUAUCAGUGAAUGUGGUAUUGCUCCCGGCUCUUCAAGAACGUAUAAAUGGCACGCCUCGAGCCAUGGAACGGGCUGGUACCAUUCCCAUGCUUUGGCCCAAUAUGGUGGAGGUAUUCGUGGCCCGGUGAUCAUCCAUGGUCCCAGCACUGCCAACUAUGACUUUGAUAUGGGUACUGUCAUGGUUGAUGAAACUUUCAGCCAGUCGAUCUUCCAAAUGGCAUACAACAUUGCCCGCACCCGAGGAGCCCUUCCACCUUCUACCAACUACCUCCUGAACGGCAAGAACACCUCCCCCGAUGGCUCCAAGGGUGAAGCUGCUCAAUGGGUUGUGAAGAAGGAUAAGAAGCAUUUGUUCCGCUUCAUCAACAGUGCUGCUCAGAGUGCAUUCGCCAUUCAGUUCGAUCACCACAAUUUCACCGUCGUCAGUGCAGACUACACCCCGAUUGUUCCUUACGUCACAAACACACUCUGGAUUCAGCCUGGCCAACGUGCUAAUAUUAUCCUCCACGCAGAUCAGCCUGCUGGUGCAUAUUACCUCCGAGCAAUUCAUCAAACCGGUUGUGGUGCUGUUUCUCUCAACAAUGGUCUGGGCUUCUCCAACGGCAUAUUCACCUAUGAGGGUGCAUGUGACACUACUCCCUCUCCGACCAACAGCACCCUGGUCACUGCUGGAAUUUGCAAUGAUGAGCCGCUGGCCAGCCUGAUCCCACACAUCAAGAAGAGUGCAGGAUCAGCCGCCAAAUUUUCCUCGACCGUGAAACUUCUCCCUGGUGGUAACGCUGCCGCCCAGGUCUUUGAUGGAUUUGGUUCUGUCAUCAGAUGGUACUUGGGUGGCCCGUCAACUGACCUCGCCACCAACAGUGGUGCCCCUGCCGGCAGCAAGACAGUGAAUGUGACCUACAAAGAGCCCACGCUUAAGACCUUGGCCACCCUCCCCGGCCUGGCCUACAACAGCUCGCUGUACGGUAAUACUGCCGUCCUUGAUGGCCCUGCCAAUGAUUGGGUCUACUUUGUGAUCCAGAACAAUUUCCAAACAUCGCAUCCUAUGCAUCUUCACGGACACGAUUUCUCCGUUCUUGGACAAGGACGAGGCGUUUUCACCGCCGACAUGGUCGGUCAGCUCCGCUUUGAUAACCCUAUUCGCCGCGACACUGCCCUGCUUUUCGGUGGAGGCUCACCACAAGCAUUCAUUUCGGGAUGGACUGUUAUUGGUUUUGAGACCGACAAUCCUGGUGCCUGGCUCAUGCACUGUCACUUGAUCUGGCACGCCGAUGGUGGUAUGGGCCUUCAGUUCCUCGAGCAGCCAGCUUCCAUCGAUGCGUCGAAAUAUUACAACAGCCCCUCGUUCCAGAACGAGUGCAAGGCGUAUGAGGCUUAUGAAGCCAUUGGCGGUGGCCAUAAACAUCCUUAUGAAGCAGGUGUCAAGAGACAUCUCGACGGACACAUUUUCCAUGCUCACAAGCAUGCUGAUGUCGUUCGUCAUUAAGCAAUGCAUGGGUACUGGCGCCGGGGUGGAGAAUCCAAAAUACCUGCUAUGACCACAGUUGGAAGGGAGCUCGUGAAGUACGCAUGCAACAUACUGUUCCCUCUUGUGUUCCUAAUUUUCUUACCACUGAAAUGUUGUGGUUACCAUAUUGUCCAUAUUGUCCAUAUUGUUCAACAAUCAUAUGGUUUACGUUGGCCAUGUAUGUAGACUCAAUCCCGCAUAUGCUAGUCACACCAGCCCUCC